GUGUAGUUGGGCUGUGUGUCCACCUCCCUCUCUUCAUUUCCUGAAUCCUGCUCCGACAUGAGCGAACACUAAUGACUUGAAAAGUGGAAAAUGAAACGUUAAGCUAAGCUCCUCCCCUCUGUGUUCUGACAACAUCCACCAAUGGGCUGCGGGUGUGGGUGGGGCCGACCUGCGUUCUAAGAUGCUAUUGGAGGAGACCCUCAUCAAGCGCUCUCAGCAGAAGAAGAGGACUUCACCUCUGAACUACAAGGAGAGACUGUUCGUCCUCACCAGGAACCGACUGACCUACUACGAUGGGAAAGCUCAGAAGAAGUUCCGAAGAGGCUCGAUCGAGCUGAGUCGAGUCCGAUGUGUGGAAAUCGUCAAAAACGGAGGAAGAAUCAUUCCCUGUCAGAACAAAUACCCAUUUCAGGUGGUGUAUGAUACGAACACACUUUAUGUCUUUGCUCCGAGUCACGACAGCAGAAGCAUCUGGGUCCAGAGCCUGAAGGAGGAAAUAAAAGACAACCCAGAGGUCUUGAACAAGUUUCACCCCCAGCUCUGGCAGGAGGGGGCGUGGCUUUGUUGUCGCCAGGCAGAGAAACAGGCGCCAGGCUGCGAGGAGUACAAUCUGUUUGGAGACAUUUCCAGAAAACCUUUACCCCCGAUUCCUGGAAAGGAAGGGAAAGAUGGGAGGCAGCAGCCUCCCGGAGCCCCGCCCCCUGUCGGUGAUGAUGAUGAUAACGAUGAUGAGGAGGACGAGGAUGAGGAUGAGGAGGAUGAGGAAGAGGUGGUCGUGGCGCUGUAUGACUUCCCUGCCACCGAACCACAUGACCUGAGUCUGGUCAAAGAAGGCGAGUACGUCAUCCUAGAGAAGAGCGACGUCAACUGGUACAAAGCACGAAACCAGUUCGGUGAAGAAGGCUACAUUCCCAGUAACUACGUCACAGAGAAGGAAUCAGGAAACCUGGUGCAGUUUGUUUGGUUCAGUAAACAAGUCAACAGGAACAAGGCUGAGGAGCUGCUGAGGAAGGAGGACAAAGAAGGAGCCUUCAUGGUGAGAGACUCCAGCACCGAAGGAACCUUCACCGUGUCUGUGUUCACCAAGUCCACCGCAGGGGAGGGAGGAGCAGUGAUAAAACAUUACCACAUCAAGGAGACGCAGGACUCACCUCCUCAGUUUUACUUGGCAGAGAAACACUUGUUCAGCUCCAUCCCUGAACUGAUCGAGUACCACAAACACAACGCAGCAGGUCUCGUGGCCCGGCUGCGGUAUCCGGUGGGGAAGCAGGAGCGAUCGGCUCCGUCCACGGCCGGCUUCAGCUACGAGAAGUGGGAGAUCGACCCCGGGGAGCUGACCUUCAUGAAGGAGCUGGGCAGCGGGCAGUUCGGGCUGGUGCGGCUGGGCAAGUGGAGGGCGCAGCACAAGGUGGCCAUCAAGGCCAUCAGAGCGGGCGCCAUGCUGGAGGAGGACUUCAUCGAGGAGGCCAAGGUCAUGAUGAAACUGUCCCACCCCAAACUGGUGCAGCUGUACGGCGUGUGCAGCCAGCAGACGCCCAUCUACAUCGUCAGCGAGUUCAUGGAGCAGGGCUGUCUCCUCAACGUGCUCCGGCAGCGGGGGGGCAGCUUCAGCCUGGCGUCCCUGCUGAGCAUCUGCCUGGACGUCAGCGAGGGGAUGGAGCACCUGGAGGCCAACGGCUUCCUGCACCGAGAUCUGGCGGCCAGGAACUGUCUGAUGAACGACGCCCUGGUGGUGAAGGUGUCUGACUUCGGCAUGGCCAGGUACGUGUUGGACAACCAGUACACCAGCUCGUCAGGAGCCAAGUUCCCCGUGAAGUGGUCUCCUCCGGAGGUCUUUAACUUCUGCAGGUACAGCAGCAUGUCGGACGUCUGGUCCUUCGGUGUGUUGAUGUGGGAGGUCUUCAACGAGGGUCGUGUGCCAUUUGAACGGCAUCAGAACCAUGAGGUGGUUACCAUGGUAACCCGCGGUCACCGCCUUUACAGACCAAAAAUGGCCACGCCCGCCAUCUAUGACAUCAUGCAGCUCUGCUGGCACGAGAGCGCGGAGAAGCGUCCGACGUUCUCUCAGCUCCACACGAUGAUCUCUGAAGCUCUGGAGGCCGACGUCCCUCCUGCAAACUGAACUGGUCCAUCAGCUGCUGCAUGGUCCUGUCUCUGCUCAUCUCACAGCUCAGAACAUCUCCUCACCUUCUGCUCCCAACAUCUCCUCACCUGCUGCUCAGAACAUCUCCUCACCUGCUGCUCAGAACAUCUCCUCACCUGCUUCUCCCAACAUCUCCUCACCUUCUGCUCAGAACAUCUCCUCACCUUCUGCUCCCAACAUCUCCUCACCUGCUUCUCCCAACAUCUCCUCACCUGCUGCUCCCAACAUCUCCUCACCUUCUGCUCAGCUCCCAACAUCUCCUCACCUGCUGCUCCCAACAUCUCCUCACCUUCUGCUCAGCUCCCAACAUCUCCUCACCUUCUGCUCAGAACAUCUCCUCACCUUCUGCUCAGCUCCAAACAUCUCCUCACCUGCUGCUCAGCUCACAGCUCCAAUCAUCUCGUCACAGGAGACGUACAACCUGUGGACCUCCUGGUUUCCUCUGAACCUGGUUGAUGAUUAAAGAAGAUCAGUAUCAGAAGAACAAUAUGAAUCUGACUCAGUAAACAUUCUUACUGUAUCAUCUGCUUUCAUGUCAAUAACAUCCUGUAAAUUCAUAUUCAAAUACAAUAGAGGAAAUAAAUGAUGUCUCACAGCUUCCAUAUCAUGAACAA